GGAUACGAUCACGUGGUACAGUAGCUCAACUACAAUCUGCCUUCUGGUAGCUACCACGUCUGGUUUUGCGAUUAAAAAGGAUGGCAGAGCCCGAGCCACCCCUCUCGUGUGACUGCUUUGUGUCCUUGCCCCCUGGCUCACAAGGUGAUCACGUGAUCUUUGGGAAGAACUCGGACUGUCCUAGAGAUGAGGUCCAAGAGGUUCUUUACUACCCAGCAACCAGUCACCCAUCCGGGACCAUGCUGGAGCUUGGGACUGGAGCGUGCGGACAGUGCCUGGGGGGCGGUGAGUGUGAUCACUGGUCUGCUGGAGCAGCACGGCCAGGGGGGGCCAUGCAGGGAGGACCCGGCUCCCUUCAGCUACCACAACUCCUUCCUCCUGGUGGACCGCAAUGAGGCCUGGGUCCUGGAGACCGCCGGAAAGCUCUGGGUGGCACAGAAAGUCACAGAGGGGGUGAAGAACAUCUCCAAUGCGCUGACCAUUGGGACGGAUAUCUCGGCGGAGCACACAGAGCUGCGGAGUGUGGCCCAGGCCCAGGGUUGGUGGAGCGGCGAGGGAGAGUUCUGCUUCAACGAGGUGUUCAAGUCUGAAAACCCCCCCGCCAGGAUGGAACUGGCCAAGAAGCGCCACAGUGGGGGCACACAGCUUCUCCAACAGCAUGAUGGUUCUGUGAUGGCCGAGGUGAUGAUGUCCAUCCUGAGGGACAAGCCCAGUGGGAUCUGCAUGGACUCUGGGGGGUUCCGCACCACUGGCAGCAUGGUGUCCAUCCUGCCCCGCGACCCCAGCCUGCCCUGCAUCCACUUCCUCACUGCCACCCCCGACCCCUCCAGGUCUGUUUUCAAGCCUUUUAUCUUCUCUGAGUCUGUGACCCCAGUGUCGAGGGUGAUAUCCCCACAGUACGGCCCAGACGACCCGGUCAGGAAGCAACCGCGCUUCCAGAGCCUAGUGGACCGCAGGCACGACCUGUACAAGGCCCAUGAGGGGGCCCUGCAGACUAUGGAGACCAACCCGGACGCAGGGAAUGCUCUGACUGAGACGUUGAGGAUGUUGGAGGGCCAGUGUCUGACGGACAUAUCAGCCCUGCUCAGUGGAGAAACACCAGCAGAAGAGGAACUGGGGGACCUGUUCUUUGACUGUGUGGACACGGAGCUGAAGUUCUACCAGUGAGGAGCGCCCUCAUGUGGAGAUCGCUAGUGCUUGCAGAUCGGCAGGAGAUGGCCCUGGGACUGUUUCGUCCUGUGCUCCUGUUAGAUUGGCUCCCUCCCGUCUCAUGCACAAGAACCCUCUUGAUGCCAUUCCAUCCAUCAUUGACACAGAAUAUAAAUGUCUUAACGUUCCAUGGGAUUGGAGCAUCAUUGUCAUUUGUAUCACUUUAGGGAGCAACGCUCGCCCCACAUUAGUGUCUAUGUGAUAGACCACUACAGGAGUGUACAGUUCCAGUCAAAAGUUUGGACACACCUACUCAUUCAAGUGUUUUUCUUAUUUGACUAUUUUCUACAUUG